AUGGAUCGCGGAGAGAAAUUCUUCGCUAUCUCCACCACCGGGCGCUCAACGCUCGCAGACAGGCAAUCCCGAGAAUCAGAUACCCUACAGGCGAUCGCUGAGAAACGGGACCAUAGAAUAAGGGCAUAUUCACUCCGGGAAUCCUGCGACACCCUUCUAGAGGCUCGAGCUAUCCAUUCUCGCGUAAAUUCUUCGAUCGAUCCCAGAGACGUCUUCGUUUUUAACAAGCUCAUCGAGCUAUACGGGAAAUGCCGGAGCUGGGAAAGCGCUCGAGGAGUCUUUGAUUCCAUUCCCCCAAAUUCCAAGGAUCUCUUCUCCUGGGACUUGAUGCUAAUUUCCUACACACGAAAUGGGCAGCUCGACCACGCUAGCCGCUUCUUAUCUUCCCAGAUGCCUUUCCAUAGUCUCAUCUCUUGGAACUUGAUGCUCUCGGCAUAUGCUCAGGCUCGGAAUAUCGACGAAGCACAGCUCCUGUUCACUCAAAUGCCCGAGAAGAAUCUUAUCUCGUGGAAUGCCAUGCUCAUGGUAUAUGCCCAAAGUGGGCAUCUACAAACCUCCAUUCUGCUCUUCGAAGAGAUGCCAGUGAGAAGCCUCGUGUCGUGGAAUUCACUUCUAACGGGAUAUUCCCAAAAUGGGAAUCUAGCCCAGUGUAGGGAGCUCUUUGAUUGCCAGCCAGAGCACAACGUCCUCUCCUCUACCAUCAUGCUAACAGCAUAUGCUCAGGACGGGCAUGUUGAGCUCGCCAUGCGUGUAUUCUCUCAAAUGGAGGAACGGAAUCUCAUCUCCUACACGGCCAUUCUCGUCGCACAUACCCAGCUCGGCUCCACCCAAGAUGCCGAGAGAUUCUUCUUCGAUUUUAUGCCGGAAUGGGACUUGGUGUCCACCACCACGAUGAUCACCGAGUUUGGCAACUAUGGAAGACUCGAAGAGGCACAAAAUCUCUUCGAGGCUCUGCCCGAGCAAAACCUCGUCUCGGAAACCGCGAUGCUGGCGGCGUAUUCCCAGAACGGAAGCUUGGAACAGGCAAGGAAUCUUUUCGAGUGGUCGAUGCAGCAGUGGGAUCACAUCUCCUUGAGUGCCAUGCUCUCGGCCUACGCGCACAAUGGAUACUUGGAGGAUGCCCAGGGGAUAUUUGAUCGGAUGGAGCACCUCAGCCUCACGGCGUGCAAUGCGAUGCUCACGGCACACGCUCAGAACGGAAAUCUCGAGCGAGCAAGGCAGAUUUUCGACGAGAUGGGCAGUAAAAAUCUGGUGUCGUGGAACGCAAUUCUAUCAGCAUAUGGCCAAUGCUUCCAUCUUGACGAGGCAAGAGUUGUGUUUGAUUCAAUGCCAGAACACGAUAUGAUAUCGUGGAAUUCAAUUUUGUCCGCAACGGCACAACACGGUAAUAUGCAUGAUGCAGAGUAUUUGUUUGUGAAGCUUCCAUAUCAAACGUCGCUGUCUUGGAACACCAUGAUCACUGCAAAUGCCCAAGUCGGGCAUCUUCUUGAAACGAGGAAAAUGUUUGACGAGAUGUGGGAGAGAAAUGUUCUUUCGUGGACGGCGGUGUUGACUGCUCACUUCCACCAUGGUCAAUCAGACGAAGCUCUCCUUGUGUUUGACUCCAUGAAACUGGACGAUGUAGUACCAGACGAGAUUUGCUUUGUGCUCGUCCUGCUAGCUUGCAGCCACGCAGGGAAAGUCUUCCUGGGGCGAUGUUACUUCCAGUCGAUGAUGGCGGAUUUCGGAAUCCAGCCCUCUAAGCAGCACUACUGCUGCGUCCUAGACAUGCUUGCGCGAUCCGGGCAUUUAAGCGAGGCUAGAGAUCUCAUCGAAGCCAUGCCUUUCAAGGCGGAUGCCUCGGACUGGAGGUGUUUGCUAGGAGCUAGCAGGAGUUACAGCAAUCUCCACGUUGGGGCCGACGCUGCCAAGACGAUCCUCGGCUUGAAUCCGCAGGACUCGGCCUCUUACGUGCUCCUCGCAAACAUGUAUCGAGAACGGGAAGAAAAUUCCGCCAGCGAUUCAGCCCAAGUAAACGCACCCGACUGA